AUGGUUGAAGGAUAUUUGGUCCCUUACUUCUUAUGUCGCCUCUAUCCGUUUCCAGCAUGUGUUCAGGGAGACAACUUCAUGGCUGAUGCGGUUGCUAAGCUAGACCAUGGGUUAUCAGCGCAAGUUUGUUGGGAGCUUGGUCUUCCGUUAUCAGUUUGCUCCCCCUUUUAUUUCGACAUCUUUGGGCAUUAUUGCCCUAGGGGCUUUGUUUUGUAA